AUGGAAUUGGAAAAAGUCCCAUUUAGCUCUCCAGCAUCUGUUAGCCUGUGUAUGGCAUCUUUCUUUCGUGGGUAUAUGUCCUACGCGCCGAAUUCAUUUUCCUUCGAAUGGCUGGAGAGGACACCAGAUCUUGAAGUAAAAUGUAAGGAUUUCACUGGGCAAAAGGUUGUCUUUCCAACUUCUCCUGAACUCUUGGAGGCUAUCCGCGAUUGCGAGAGAAUAAAUCAUCCAAAUAAAGGAGGGUGGCUCCCAAACGACUGGCAGUUUUCUGGAUUCCUGGAGAGUGCUGCCUAUCAGGCUCUAAAGAAAGUUCCCAGUACGAAAUCUGCAGAAUUUGAUGGUCCUCUCUUUAGCACUCUCGGUGAGAGCAUCACGAUCCAGUCAUACCCUCGAAUCAAGGGAGUUCGGCUCUUCUAUCUGAACGAUAACCACUGGAGCUGCAUUAUGCGCGACUGGACAUGCCACUCAGAAAAGCAGGUUGACAAAAAAGAUCAUAUUCGAAAGUCCGAACUGCUGGCUGCUACUUCAAUCUUCUGCCGCCAAAUGAACGUGAUGACAUGGAAUCCUGACAGCAAUCGGUAUAAAGCUAAACCAAGAUAUAAGGGAGGGCUCUUGACUGCCACUAUUGUGACAUGUAUCUGUGCGCAGGUGCGCGUAGUCCAAGCGACUUUGAACCCGUCAGAGAAAUAUCCAACGCUCACCUAUACCUUGAGAGCUAUCUACGACCUCGGCGAAGAAAAAUAUGAUAAAGAAGCAGCCUUUACUGCUGUGCAAUGGAUUCUCAGUCCUCCCGACCCGGUUGUGAGGGGAGCUAAGGCCAAGUGA